CGGAGAAACGGCCUAAUUAAACACUGCUGUGGCGCUCUGCUGCGUUUCAGACAUCCUGCUCUGGUGGGACGUCGUGCUUUUUGUCACAGGCAGCGGCCCGACGCUGUCUACUGGAACCUGCACCGGUCCGGGACCUUACAGGUCAGGAGCACAGCGGCCCAUAGCAGUCCCGGUGUGUCCCUCCCAGCCAAGAGACACACUGCAGGGCUGUCGCGGGCGAGGCACAGACCAACUCGACUAGAAAUCAGGCUGACUGGCUUCUCCCGACCAGCCCCACGGCACGGCAUGAUGUCAUGGGAGCUGCCACUCAGCGAGAUGAAAGGGAUGCGGCGCAGCAGUGCUGGCACUAGGCAGCCCAGCUGGGGCACCGCGCUCGUGAGAGCUGCAGAUCCAGCCGCUCAGCCCAGGCCGGGGAAGCCUGCUCUCCAGAGCCGGGCCAGAACAACGUGGCCCACUUUUAACAAAAGAACCAGACGGUAGCGAACUUUCUAGAUCAGAGCGCGUAGUGAGUAAGCUCAGCCUUGCCUUUGAUGCUCAGCAACUGAUCGGCGAUCAGAUUACAGGCACUCCAUCUCCUAGUUCUCCUGCCUUUGAUCUGCGCGGGUAAUCCAUUUUCCUGGAUUUGAAGUUUGUCUGGGCUUGCGCCCACACACAUUUUUGGGAAGGUAAAAGCAUUUGGCGCGGAAGUGCUACCAAGCUGCGGAAAGCGUGAGUCUGGAGCACAGCACUGGAGAGUAGCAGAGAUAAACACGCCUGAUGAGAGCCAUGGCAAUCAAGGUCCUACCCGAACACAGGAUGCUGCUCUUCAGCGUCAUUCUCUUCCUAGGCCACUUGUCAUGGAAAGUGAAUUGUGAAACUGGAGAUUGCAGACAGCAAGAAUUCAAGGAUCGAGCUGGAAACUGUGUCCUCUGCAAACAGUGUGGACCCGGCAUGGAGUUGUCCAAGGAAUGUGGCUUCGGCUAUGGGGAGGAUGCACAGUGUGUGCCCUGCAGGCCGCACAGGUUCAAGGAAGACUGGGGCUUCCAGAAGUGUAAGCCAUGCGUGGACUGUGCACUGGUGAAUCGCUUUCAGAGGGCCAACUGUUCACACACCAGUGAUGCUGUCUGCGGGGACUGCUUGCCAGGAUUUUACCGGAAGACCAAACUGGUUGGUUUUCAAGACAUGGAGUGUGUGCCCUGCGGAGACCCACCCCCUCCCUACGAACCACACUGUACCAGCAAGGUGAACCUGGUGAAGAUCUCAUCCACCGUCUCCAGCCCUCGGGACACUGCCCUGGCUGCUGUCAUCUGCAGUGCUCUGGCCACAGUGCUGCUAGCCCUGCUCAUCCUGUGUGUCAUCUACUGCAAGAGGCAGUUCAUGGAGAAGAAACCCAGCUGGUCUCUCCGGUCACAGGACAUUCAGUACAAUGGCUCUGAGCUGUCAUGUUUUGACCAGCCUCGGCUCUGCCACUGUGCCCAUAGAGCGUGUUGUCAGUAUCACCGGGAUUCAGCCCCGACAUUUGGGCCUGUUCACCUGAUUCCGUCCUUGUGCUGUGAGGAGACCCACAGCUCUGGCCGAGCUGCGCUUGGCUGUGGGCUGCAUUCUACUGCUACCCUUCAGGAGAGAAACACAGCUUCUGUGGGGGACACGAUGCCAGCCUUCUUUGGGUCUGUUUCCCGUUCCAUCUGUGCUGAGUUCUCUGAUGCCUGGCCUCUGAUGCAGAAUCCUCUGGGUGGUGACAGCUCUCUCUGUGACUCUUAUCCUGAACUCACUGGAGAAGAUAUCAAUUCCCCCAAUCCCGAAGAUGAAAGCUCAACAUCUCUGGAUUCCAGUGGUGGCCAGGAUCUG